CAAAAAAUGAGAAGAAUAGUAAUAAAUCAUUGACUGAAGAUAAUAAAUCAAUAUCAAAUAUUCAGAACAACAUAGAUAACGAAUCUUCAUCAUCGAACAUUGAAAAUGUAUUAUCAAAUGAUGAAGUUCAAUUGGAAAUUUCUUGUAAUAACAAACAAAUCGAAGAAAAAUCUAGCUUUAUCAUAAAUCCCGAGACAAAUGAAGAUAUAAAAACAACAACAAACAAUGAAUUGUUAUCAAUCAUACCAUCAAAACGUCCCAAAAAGAAAAACCUAUCACUUAGCAGAACAAAAGUUGGAAAAAGAACUCCUUUAGGUGAUAUUAGCAAUCAGACAACAAAAAAUUCAAUAACAUGCGAAUCAGCCCCAAUCAAUUCUAAUAUUAUAGUGACUAAUGUUGAAAGUAGCAGUGAUCAUGAUAUUGAUAACAAUGAUAGUGUUAAUAAUAGAAGAUCUGUUGAUGACAUUGUCAAAACUCCUUUAGAGAACUACUCCUCGUGGGAACAAUGA